AUGCCGGGAGCAUCGUUCUCCCGUCGGGGGCCGCUCCGGGCCGGGGGCUGUGCGGGGCGGGCGCGUCACGGGGCGGGGGUUUGUGGCCGGCUCGUUACCGGCCCCGGCACAUCACCCCACCGGCUGCCACAGCAACGGGGCCGGUCCCACGGCAGGGCUGAGCCCUUUCCCGCGGGACGUGCGGCGGGAGCGGCGGCAGCGCCCCGGCUCUGCGGGACCCUCCGCGCCGUGCCGGGCCGUGCCAAGCCGUGCCGGGCCGCCCCGCGUGGGCGGGCUGCGCUGCUCUAUAAGGCGGCCCCACGGCGGAGAGCGGCGCGGUGCCAUGUGCGCCCCGGGGCUGCUCUGCCGCCUCCUCCUCCUCCUCCUCCUCUUCUUCCUCCUGCUGCCGCCUGCCCCGGAGCGGCCCAGCCGGGACGGCCCCGCGCCCGCCGCGGGCUCACCUACCCCGGGACGCUGUGGUGCGGGGCGGGCAGCAACGCGGACAGCUACGAGCAGCUGGGGGAGCACCGGGACACGGAUCGCUGCUGCCGGGAGCACGACCACUGCCAGCACGUCAUCCACCCGUUCACGGCGCGCUACGGCUACCGCAACCUGCGCUGGCACACCAUCAGCCACUGCGACUGCGACCUCCGGUUGAAGCAGUGCCUGCGGCGGGUGAACGACACGGCCUCGCGCGCGGUGGGCCAGGCCUUCUUCAACGUCAUCCAGGUGCCCUGCUUCGAGUUCACCUACAGGGAGGAGUGUGUGGAGCCCUAUCUCUAUGUCUGGUGCAGGGCGUACAACACGGUGGCUGUGGCGGUGCCCCGAGAGCCGGUGCUGUAUGAGUUUGGGGGAGAGCUCAUCGACAGGGCAGCCAGGCCCAGGGGAGUCCCCCUGAGCCCCCCGUGGGAUCAUCAUGAGCUCCCAGGGGAUCAUCACACCGGGACAGCCCCCAAGGCAGGCAAGAAAGAGAGGAAGAGGAAGAAAGAUAAGAAGAAUAAGGGGAAAGGUCUGAAAAAGAAAGGCUCUUCUGAAAAGAGGGUGCGGAGCCAUCCUGCUGGCCCUGCUGAUCCCUGGGCCCUGCUGCCAUCAUCCAACACCAUCCUGAGCGAUGCCCCAGCACGGGAGGGAGCGGGCAGGGAGCCAGUGCCAGCCACUCCCUCCCCUGUCCCCACCACCAGCGGGAAGAGGAGGAGGAAGGAGAGGAACAGAAAGAAGAGGCUGAAAAGUAAAACUGAGGCUGAGCCUGCAUGAGAGCUGCAGCUCUGAGUCCUCCCUGAGCCCUGCACGGGUCCUGGCUGUGAAAUAAAUUCACAUCUGCUCAAGCA